UUCUAGUGCAACAGCGAAACACACAUAAUCAUGUUGACACACACACAAUUGGCCUUCCUUCCAAGCAAAUAAAAGCUACCUAUCUGGCCCUUAAACUUUCCUCUCUUCUUCAACACAACUCCAACUCAAUUCAAUUCAAUGGCAAACAAUUUAUUACUUAUUUUCUGUCUCCUCUUCUCCGAUACGAUUCAACUCGGUUCAACAUUGCCGGAACAACCGAGUCAAAUCAACUCCAACUCUAUCCUUGUGGCACUCUUGGACUCCCGCUACACCGAACUUGCGGAGCUCGUGGAGAAGGCCCUUCUUCUACCAACACUAGAACAGGCUGUUUACACCGGUAAUCUUACUAUUUUUGCCCCUCAAAAUGAAGCCCUCGAGCGCGAACUCGACCCAGAAUUUAAGCGGUUCCUGCUCGAACCAGGCAAUAUCAAGUUCCUUCAGACCCUCCUCCUCCAUCACAUCCUCCCCAUUAAGCUCACUCAGGGAAGUUGGCCCACAGAACCCACCGAGUCAACUCGGCACUCUGCCCUUUCUAACGAUCUUGUUGAAUUUUCAUGUAGUUUCAGUUCAAACCAUUCGCAGGUUACUAAUAAAUAUGUUGGUGCUGUGAAGGUUGUACAUCCAGGCUCCAUAGUUCGUCCUGAUGGAAUCAUUCAUGGAAUAGAAAAAGUAAUAAUCCCAAAAUCCGUAGAGCACGCAUUCAAUAACAGACGCAGCCUCAGAUCAAUUUCUGCCUUUAAACCAGAAGGAGCCCCAGAAAUUGAUCCGAGAACCCACAAAAUGUUGUCAGAGAAAAAGGCAAAUUCGGUACCAAUCGAUGCUCAUGCACACUCCAAAUUAUCAAUAUACGAGGCCAUGGCUCCAGCACCAUCCUUAGCUCCGGCUCCGGCCCCUGGUCCAGGUGGGCCCCAUCACCAUUUCGACGGCGAGAGACAGGUGAAGGAUUUCAUUCAGUCACUCCUCCACUACGGCGGGUACAAUGAAAUGGCCGACAUUUUGGUUAAUUUGACAAAUCUCGCUACAGAAAUGGGGAAAUUAAUCAGCGAAGGCUAUGUUUUGACAGUUUUAGCUCCAAAUGAUGAGGCCAUGGCAAAACUCACCACCGAACAAUUGAGCGAACCUGGUGCUCCUGAACAGAUAAUCUAUUAUCAUAUUGUGCCGGAGUAUCAGACAGAGGAGAGUAUGUACAAUGCGGUGAGAAGAUUCGGGAAAGUGGCAUAUGAUACGUUGCAUGUCCCACAUAAGAUUUUGGCUAAAGAAGCUGAUGGGUCGGUGAAAUUUGGCGAUGGCGAGGACGCAGCUUACUUGUUUGAUCCAGAUAUUUACACAGAUGGGCGAAUUUCAGUUCAGGGGAUUGAUGGGGUGUUGAUUCCACCGGAGGAAAAGAAGAAAGCGAAAAUUGCGAAUCAAAAUGUUAAGAAAUUCAACAAACCAAGAAGAGGGAAAUUGCUCGAAGUAGCGUGCAGUUUGCUCAGGGUGUUCGGCCAAGAUUCCCAGUUAAUCAAAUGCCAGGAAAAGUAAGCUGGCGUUCACUAAGAGCAAAAGGCAGAUCAAUAAUGUACACAAUCCUACUUCAAUAAUUGCUUUCUUCUUGAUAAACCAGACAGAGCUGUGGAUUUUGCGAUGGAAAAAGAUAAAGAAAAAGACUCGGCCAUUGUAGUUGCACAACGUAUUGGCAGCCUGUAUUUUGUGUAUAGUCAAUAAUGCCGGUGAGGGAUUCAUGUUGUGUGUUUCAGAUGAACAGGGGAAUUACAUGGUGGUGGUACCUAAACCAAACUCAUAAAAAGUUUUGAGAAAUUCACUGGGAAUAAUCAAUAAUUAAAUAUCCUUUUUUAUGAA